AUCUACAUCAGUUUUGAAAAAAGAAUCGACCAUGUCAGACGCAGAAAGGCGUGGUGUCAAGAGAAGUUCCCGCGAACUGCAACAACAUUUACCAAGACGCCCGCAAGAAAAGGAUAGAGCUCACAACGGGACCUCAUCACAGAUCAUUCAGGAGAUACGACAAGGGGAAGUUCGAGGUGGAGAGGCUGCAGGUGAAAGUGGAGAAAAUUCUGGAUCUAGCCGUGGACUUAGCCGUAUAAGAAACAACCAGCCUUUGGGCAAUACAACCGAAAAGUUUUUCCAUCAAAUUCUCAGCCAUGAUCUUGUUACUCGCCCCACUGACGCCAGAUUCAGUAAAGCCGGGUCUGAAGGAUCGCAGAUUGAAGUACAAUCCAACUAUUUCCAUUUGACAAAAAGGCCGGACAUGAAGUUGUUGCAAUAUCGAGUUGAUUUUACACCGGAAAUCGAUCACCCUGGUGUUAAGAAGGCUCUCAUUCGAGUCCACGAGCAAAUGAUUGGGAAAUACAUUUUUGACGGGACUCUUCUCUACAAUACCACUCGUCUCCCACAACCACUGGAAUUGAUUUCGAAACGAAAAUCGGACGACAGUGAAGUCAGAAUUACUUUAAGGCUAACCAGCGAAAUACAAAAAGAAGAUCCUGUUUACACUUCCGUAACGAAUUUAAUUCUGCGACGCUGCAUGUCGAUGCUCAACUUGGUGAUGAUACGACGCAAUUUUUACGACAAAGAAGCCAGGGAAGACGUUCCGAAUCACCCGAUAACAAUUUGGCCUGGAUACUUGACAACGAUUCGCCAUCACGAACAAGAAUAUUUUAUGAACGUGGAAGUCAUCAAUAAAUUUCUUCGCAGAGACACUGCUUACGACGUGAUGGACAAAAUGCGCCGUGCCAACACAGAUAACCUACAAGAACGAAUUAAAGCCGAGCUGGUGGGCAAGAUCGUGAUGACGGGCUACAACAACAAAACGUACAGGAUCGACGACGUGGAUUUUGUCAACAGAGCCGAUUCGACAUUCCAUUUGAAGAAAGAAGAUAGAGACAUUAGUUACAUAGAAUAUUACAAGAAUCGUUACCAGCAAAACAUUCGAUUUCCGAACCAGCCGAUGCUCGUGUCGAGACCAUCACGUCGUGAUAUCAACGGCUGUGCCAAUCAAAACAUCGAACCCCAGGCCAUCUAUCUCGUCCCAGAGUUGUGCGGGAUGACGGGUCUUUCAGCCGAGCAAAGGGAUAAUAAUAAUUUGAAGAAGGCUAUUUCUACAAUCACUCGCGUCACACCUGAUAGGAGGGUAGAAACUUUACUGAAAUUCCGUCGCCGGUUAACCAACAGCCCGGAAAUUCAACGAGAGCUGAGGAGCUGGGGCCUUCAGUUUGCAAACGAUCUUGUAACUUGCAAGGCGAGAAUUUUACCAGCCAAACCUUUAAUCACAGGUGCUGGCAGGAUCAAUAUUAGGGAAGGCGAAUGGAGCAGCGAUAUGCAAAGAAACAAGAUGGCCGUUUCGGCUGAGUUUAAGGAAUGGAUCGUCAUACUUCCAAGCAGAAUGAACCAACAAGUACGACAUUUUGUCAAGUUGAUUCAACAAGUUGGCCUUCCUCAAGGAUUUAACGUGCCGGAACCUCGCUAUGUUGCUCUGGAAAGAGAACAAACAAGCGAGUACAUCAAUGCUAUGCGUGACAAUGUCUCCCAGAGAGACUACGAUAUUGUUAUGUGCGUGUUGCGAACCAAUCGAACCGACACGUAUUCGGCCAUCAAGAAAUACACCUUUUGCGAAAGGGGUAUCCCCUCACAGGUAAUUACAGGUCGAAUUAUUGAAGGAAACCAGGGGAAAUUAAUGUCGGUAGCUACAAAAGUGAUGACUCAAAUUGCCUGCAAGUUGGGAGCUGAACCUUGGAAAGCGCAAGUGCCAAACAAGCCAUGGAUGAUUGUUGGUUACGACACGUUUCACGACGCCGCACAAAGAAAAGCCGUUGGGGCGUUCGUGGCUUCAACCAACGACAGUUUCACGCGUUACAAUUCGUCCGUCAAAAUCCACUCGGCCAACGAAGAGAUUUCGCCGAGCUUCCAACAUCACAUGCUCACCUCGUUAAAAGCUUAUUACAUGGCCCAAGUGGAAAAUAAAAGCAAAAUACUUUUACCAGAAAAUAUAAUCGUCUACCGUGACGGCAUUGGAGCCGGGGAUAUCCAAACUGUCCUCGAUAUCGAACUCGGUGGCAUCAAGGAAGCUUGUAAAAAAGCGGCAAUGAUUACGAAAACGGGCCAUUACGAUCCCGGCAUUUCGUUCGUGAUUGUCAGCAAGAAAAUCAACACUCGUUUCUUCUUGAAAAGGAGAGACGCGUUCGGGAAUCCACCGUGCGGGACGGUGGUGGACAACACGGUGACGCUCAGCGAACGCUUCGAUUUCUUCCUGGUGUCGCAGAAAGUCAAUCAGGGUACGAUUUCGCCAAUCAAUUUCAACGUCAUUUAUAAUUCGUCCAACAUUACGCCGGAUAUUCACCAAUCGUUGGCCUACGCUUUAACUCACGUCUACUUCAAUUGGCCGGGUACAGUACGAGUUCCGGCUCCAAUCCAAUACGCCCAUAAAUUAGCGUAUUUGAUUGGCGAGAGAACUCAGCGGAUGCCGCUAGACAACUUGGCAAAAUACCCCUAUUACUUAUGAAAUGCUUCCAAAAACAUUUCCAUUACUUUCGUUUAAUAAAAAAAAGAUGAGUUGAAAAGUUUUCUAUUUUAAUGUCCGGGGCGCAAAAUACUAAAAGAGGCGUAAAAAAGCGACGUGUUGGAAAAA